AGCCCAUUUUCUUCCUUGCAGACGGAUCGCUGGCUGGGUUGCAAUUUGAAAGUGGAGCAUGUGUAUUGAAAUGCCAGGUUUGCUGAGGAAUACUUUGGAAAUUUGCUAUAUGGGAGUGGAAUGUGCUAUUUUCAUAGUGUGGAAUCUGCAGCUAUAAAGAAUGCCAAGCGAGACAGAGGGGGCCUCAAAAGCAGGGGAGUCCCACAUGGGACCCUAGCUUGUAUUAACAGCACUUUGGUAGGAACUGGCGAAGGCCUGUGAGCCCCCCAACCCCAGGGACUGGUGCUUGUACCUGCCGGCACCAGCAGGGGACCGUCUGCCGCCCGCCAGCCUGGAGCACCAUCUACACGUCUCCCCAGGCAGCUGCGGCCACCGGGCUUCCGAGGCCAGCCUGAUGGCGGAGCCGCGCUUUAACAACCCCUACUUCUGGCCUCCUCCUCCCACCAUGCCCAGCCAGCUGGACAACCUGGUUCUGAUCAACAAAAUUAAGGAGCAGCUCAUGGCAGAGAAGAUCCGGCCGCCGCACUUGCCACCAACUUCAGUGUCUUCCCAGCAGCCCCUGCUGGUGCCUCCCUCGCCUGCAGAGGGCAGCCAGUCGAUUAUGUCCAUUCCUAAGCUACAGCAGGUCCCUGGGCUGCACCCCCAGGCUGUCCCGCAGCCCGAUGUGGCCCUGCACGCUCGUCCAGCCACCAGCACCGUCACAGGUCUGGGACUGGGUUCCCGUGCCCCCGCCGUCAGUACCUCAGAAUCCAGUGCCGGGACAGGCACCAGUACCCCCUCCACGCCCACCUCAACCAGCCAGAGCCGCCUCAUUGCCUCCUCGCCUACCCUCAUCUCAGGGAUCACCAGCCCCCCUCUCUUGGACUCCAUCAAGACCAUCCAAGGUCACAGCCUGCUGGGGGCCCCCAAAACAGAACGAGGACGCAAGAAGAUAAAAGCUGAGAACCCGUCGGGGCCCCCCGUCCUUGUGGUGCCCUACCCUAUCUUAGCCUCGGGUGACAUUGGAAAAGAGGGCAAGACGUACAGGUGUAAAGUGUGCCCUCUCACCUUCUUCACCAAGUCAGAAAUGCAGAUCCACUCCAAGUCGCAUACCGAGGCCAAGCCCCACAAGUGCCCACACUGUUCCAAGUCCUUCGCCAACGCCUCCUACCUGGCGCAGCACCUGCGCAUCCAUCUGGGCGUCAAGCCCUAUCACUGCUCCUACUGCGAGAAAUCGUUCCGCCAACUCUCCCACCUCCAGCAACACACAAGAAUCCACACCGGUGACAGACCCUACAAGUGCCCACAUGCGGGCUGUGAAAAAGCAUUCACGCAGCUCUCCAACCUCCAGUCUCACCAACGGCAGCACAACAAGGACAAGCCCUACAAGUGUCCAAACUGCUACCGGGCCUACACGGACUCUGCCUCGCUCCAGAUCCACCUCUCCGCGCACGCAAUCAAGCACGCCAAGGCCUACUGUUGCAGCAUGUGCGGGAGGGCCUACACUUCGGAGACCUAUUUGAUGAAACACAUGUCCAAACACACAGUGGUUGAACAUCUAGUGAGUCAACAUUCUCCUCAAAGGACGGAAUCUCCUGGCAUCCCAGUGCGAAUCUCUCUCAUCUGAAUCUUGGGGAGCCCCCUCCCCUGAGCACGGCCCCUCUUGAAUUACAGAGCUGAGGGGGAAGGACAGGACAGCUUGGAAUAAGGAUCACAGGAACCACAGCUUCUUCCGGGCACCACCACCCCCCCACGGUCCUUGGGUGCCUGCCUGCUACGUCUCCCCCUUCACGGCCAGGACAAAGAGAUGGGAGUCCGGACAAGCAACCCGCCUCGAGCUGGGGAGUUCCUCCUUCGAUUUUGGUGGCAGCCAAAGACAGUUCCAGAGCACUUUGAACCUCUGUGUCUCUCCCCUCACCCCAUCUUGCUUUUGGAUCACCUCCAGCCUUUUGAAAGCCCUGGUCCAGUUCGUCCUUCCCGGUUUUAUUUUUUCCACUUGGUUUAUUAGAUACAAGCCCACACCUUUAUUAAUUUAUUGGCCCCCACACUUGAUGCAGUUACCCAAGAGGGCACCAACCCUUUCUGGACUCUUUUUGGAGAGGUGCUGGAUGCGAUCUGUGGAGACACCCACAGGCUUUCCCAAGGGUGAACAGCAGCAAGACCAGAGUAGCUAAGACGCCGCGGGACCCUCGGGGCGAAGGUGUCUGGCCGGGGGCCGCAAACCCUGCUUGAAGCGAUUUGAGGAAGGAGGCAGGUGCCCCGGACUAGAAAGAAGCUGGCCUUUUUUUUGUGGAAGGAGAGUAGCUUUUGGAAGAUUGACUAGAGCGUGACACAGCUGGAGAGAACCUGGAGGAGAGCGGGCGGGAGAAAACAGUGACUGUACAAGGCAGGUCACCACUGCCACCCUUGCUGCAUUUUAGCCUUGAGAAUCCCCCCUCUUCAGAAGGGAAAUGAAUAAAAACUGCAUUCAGC